GUCGGUCGGUUUGAAAACAAAAAUUGAAUACGUGUUAAAUUAUAGUUAUAUUAUGGCUCUAAACAAAAUUGAUGGUGUUAAAAACAUUUCAAAACAACUAAACCGCUGGCGGGAUGGUGAGCGAACGACUUUCAAAGACCGCCACCUCACUAGUAAUUUCUAUGAGCCACCAAUCGAGGAAUGCACACGUGGCUAAUCGGCCAUUGCCAUCCGAACAAGCAGUGGCAAUCGAAGGACCCAAAAAAAUUACAGACAAUUUGUCCUGGUCGAAAAACUCGCCUGUCAGCCUUCUUGUGGAAACCACUCGGAAGCCACAGCACAACAGGACUCUCGAACUUAAAAAAGCUGCUGCACAGCUCAUCAGAAGCAACGAAUGCCUCAAGGCGCACUACAUACAAAAGCGCAACGACCGCACUGCGGAGGAGCUGGCGGCCAAGGAGCCACAGACGGCCCAGAAGCUUGCCAAUUUAAUGUCCCUUAACAUCACAAUUGAGGAGACCAAACGCCCGCGAUCUUCCAGCAGCCCUGCCAGACGUAUGGAAACGAAUUACGCGACCGGCACUUUAGACUUUAAGCCACAAAGCAAUCAAAGUGUGCGAUGGCAAUAUAAAAGACGGUCAAAUGAAAUCAACAGUUUCGAUGAAGCGGGCUUACAAAAUGCAAAGGAUCUCCUAAAGGGCUUAAAAAAGCCAGAGCAGCCAGAGGGGACCCAGCAUCCACAGCAAAAAUCAUCGGAAGAGGAUAGUAAGCAAGGUAGCACGAUGAAAACUGCCAAGGCCGUGAAUAAAUUACAAAUGGCAGGCACCUUGAAUGAUCUAAACUCGGAAGAUGGACAGGACUGGCGAAAGAGUGUACGUAAACAGACCGAAGCGACCGAACCGAUUUCAAAAAAUUUAAAUUCCCUGGCUAAAUGGAAAAUAGGUACCAGGUCUAUCCCUCGACUAGAUAUUUAACUCUUGGAUGUUAUGUUUGAUUUUUUUAUUCUUUUCAAACACUUCACUUUAAAAAUGUCAAAAUUGUAUUCAUUGUGCCGAAUAAAUUCAAAAGGUUGCUAUACUA